UUUUUGGAAAGUCAGAAGGGACACCCAGAAGUUCACGAUGAACAAACUCUCCGAGUGUUAAGUGGAGACAGGAUCUUACCUCACUGCCCUCACCCUAACCCGGCCGGGUGGGGGUGCCCCGCCCCAGCCCCCCUGCCCUGGGGCGGCCCUCCCGGAAUCCCUGGGGAUUCUCGUUGCUUUCUGGCUCAGGCAGGGGGCAGCCCUGUGUCCAGCCUGUCUCUGGGGUUUCCUUGGUGUCCUGCACUGGCUCAGCCUGUCCCUGGGCACCCCAGGCCCUCAGAGGCUGUCCACAGGGGGCUGCCUCCCCAGGGCCUGUGUUUCCGUCUCCCUGUGGCCUGGAGGGCGGAGCUCCGCGGCGGCAGUGGGGGGGUCCCCAGCACUGGGGUUGAUGCGUGCAUGGGCAUCUCCUGUGUCGGUGCCUGGUUCUCUCUGUCUCUCUGUCCCUCCCCUCCUCGGCCUUUCUCUGUCUUUCUCUAUGUCAUCAUCCCCCUCCCCGGGGUUCCCCCUCCUCACUGCAGCCAGAAGGAAGGCUCUGCUGGGAAAGGCCAUGGGGUCACCACUUCUCCCUUUUGUGGCCUCCUCUCCCUGCCCUCUGUUGGGGCCUUCCAUCCCCGAGAGGUGUGGCCAAGGAGGGGACCAGGGGCUCCUCCUCCAUCCCUGCUUGACUCUCCACUGGCCCCAUGUACCGGGCAGUGAGUCAGAAAGGGAAGGGGAAGUGGGGGGCCUCAACCAGGGCCUGGGCUUCCCCCUGGGUGGGACCUAAGUCCUCUCUCUCCCUGAGGGUUCUCCCUGCCCCAACCCCUGGAAGCAGAGUUCGCCAGAGCCAUGGCCACGGGACUUGUUCUGGCCCUCGCCCUCUGGGUGGGCUGCUCACCCUGCCUCGGGAGAGAAGGAGCUCCCACCCAACCCAGGCUGCAGUGUCAGGCCUCUAGGUACCCAGUCGCCGUGGACUGCUUCUGGACCCUGCCGCCUGCUCCAGACUCCACCAGGACCACCUCCUUCAUCGCCACGUACAGGCUUGGAGUGGCGGCCCAGGGGCAGAGCCGGCCCUGCCUCCAGCCCAGGCCGGAGGCCACCAGCUGCACCAUUCCUGACGUCCAGAUGUUCUCCAUGGUGCCCUACGUGCUCAACGUCACAGCCGUCCACCGCCAGGGCGUCAGCAGCAGCUUCCUGCCCUUUGUCCCGGAGAACGUCAUCAAACCAGACCCUCCGGAAGGCGUACGCCUGAGCCCCCUCCCUGGGCAGCGACUGUGGGUACAGUGGGAACCCCCCCGGUCCUGGCCUUUCCCCGAGAUCUUCUCACUCAAAUACCGGCUUCGCUACAAGCGUCAUGGAGCUACCCGCUUCCGCCAGGUGGGGCCCAUUGAGGCCACGUCCUUCACCCUCAGGGCUGUGAGGCCCCAAGCCAGGUACUGCAUCCAGGUGGCUGCCCAGGACCUCACUGACUACGGGGAAUCGAGCGCUUGGAGUCUCCCUGCUGCUGCCUCUGUCACCCUGGGUCUCAAGUCAAAGGUCAAUUCCUCCAAGAAGCCUUCCCCGACCACCUCAUCUAUGGCAGGCAGAAUAAUGACUCCCUAAAGAUACCCAUGUCCUAAUCCCCAGAAGCUGUGACUAUGGUACCUUACAUGGCAAAAGGGACUUUGCGUAUGAAAUUAAAUUAAUGAUCUUGAGGAUUCUUAAUUUAAAGAUUAAGGAUCUUUCAUUAGCUUAAUGAAAAUGAAGUAAAGUUAUACUGCGUUAUUCAGGUGGCCCCAGGUAAUCACAAGUGUCCUUAUAAAAGGGAAGCAGGAGGGUCAGAGGGAGACAUAGGAGGUCAUGUGACAAUGGUAGCAGAGGUCAGAGUGAGACAGGGCCGUGAGCCAUGGAAUUCCGGCAGCGUCUAGGAGCUGGAAAAGUCAAGGAAACAGAUUCUCUCCUGGAGCCUCCAGAAGGAACCAGUCCUACCACCCAUUUUAGGCUUGUGAUCUCCAGAACUAUAAUAAAUGUGUUGUUUUGAAGUAU